CACUUAAUUAUUUGCUUGUAUUACAGAAAGCAAUAGACCUUGCUAGCAAGGCAGCGCAAGAAGAUAAAGCAGGAAACUAUGAGGAAGCCCUUCUCUUGUACCAACAUGCUGUGCAGUAUUUUCUCCAUGUUAUUAAAUAUGAAGCACAGGGUGAUAAAGCAAAACAGAGCAUUAGAGCGAAAUGUACAGAAUACUUGGACAGAGCAGAAAAGCUGAAAGAAUAUCUGAAAAAGAGAGAAAAAGCUGCACCAAAACCAGUUAAAGAGUCUGGUCCUACUGAUGGAAAAGGGAAUGACAGUGAUGGGGAAGGGGAGUCAGAGGAUCCUGAAAAGAAGAAGCUACAGAAUCAACUUCAAGGAGCAAUUGUUAUGGAGAGACCAAAUGUCAAAUGGAGUGAUGUUGCUGGCCUCGAAGGUGCCAAAGAAGCACUUAAAGAAGCAGUGAUCUUGCCCAUAAAAUUUCCACACCUAUUUACAGGAAAAAGAACACCUUGGAGAGGGAUUCUCCUGUUUGGACCACCAGGAACAGGAAAGUCUUAUUUAGCAAAAGCUGUGGCGACAGAAGCAAACAACUCUACGUUCUUCUCAGUAUCGUCCUCUGACCUUGUAUCAAAGUGGUUAGGUGAAAGUGAAAAAUUAGUGAAAAACUUGUUCCAGCUUGCCAGAGAAAACAAACCUUCUAUUAUCUUCAUUGAUGAGAUAGAUUCCCUCUGUGGGUCAAGAAGUGAAAAUGAAAGUGAGGCUGCCAGACGGAUAAAAACAGAAUUUCUAGUCCAGAUGCAAGGGGUUGGUAUUGACAAUGAAGGAAUCUUGGUCUUGGGAGCAACAAACAUACCCUGGGUUUUGGAUUCUGCUAUCAGGAGAAGGUUUGAGAAGCGUAUUUAUAUUCCUUUACCUGAAGACCAUGCCAGGGCUGCAAUGUUCAAACUUCACCUUGGGUCAACUCCAAAUGGCCUAACAGAAGCAGAUUAUCGAAAGCUUGGAGAAAAAACUGAGGGCUAUUCUGGUGCAGAUAUAAGCAUCAUUGUACGUGAUGCACUGAUGCAGCCUGUUAGGAAAGUGCAAUCAGCUACUCACUUUAAAAAAGUAAAAGGACCAUCAGUGUCUAAUCCAAAUACAAUGGUAGAUUUGUUCACCCCUUGCUCCCCAGGUGAUCCUGGAGCUAUAGAAAUGACAUGGAUGGAGGUUCCUGGUGAUAAAUUACUGGAGCCUCAAGUUUCCAUGGCCGAUAUGCUCAGGUCACUAGCUAGCACAAAACCAACAGUUAAUGAACAGGACCUGGAGAAGUUAAAGAAGUUUACAGAAGACUUUGGUCAGGAAGGCUAAACCAAAGAUACAUGUGGAGCAUUAGAACUUUUUCCCCCCUUUCUUAAGUAUUCUUAUGUCUUUACUGAUGGCACUUCAAAUAAAUGCCAAUAAAAUCACUCCUUUCUGACUUUGCAGAAGGAAUAGAAGAUACCAUUGCAAAGACCCUUAAGCUUUUAUAUUGUAUUGUUUUCCUCAGAUGUCUAUUAAAUGUCUUCUAUUGAAAAAUAGUAUGAAAAUACAGUUUUAGGGUGAGACAGCAAAGUGAUGUGGUAAUGUCUAUUAAAUACUAGAAAAUUUUAAAUCAUUAGUUCAAUUUUAGGUAUUAUAUUAGACCUGGGUACAAGUGAGUUUUAAACUCCCAGUAGGCUCAAAAACCCCUUUUUUGAGGGUGGAAGAGAA